CUUUGGUUCCGGUACCAUCUGUCGUUGUCGCAAUUUUUCGUCAGUGCAUGUUGAUGAUAGCUAUCCCAUCAUGCUAGUUACCUUUACUGUUAGAUUUCUGCUUAGCGAACAUAUCUGGUAACAUUCCGGCAUGGACAAACGAGUCAAGAAGACUACAGCCAGUACGGGACCCCCACUUCCUCUCUCGUCUUUGCGACUGUUGGUUUCUCCCCUGCGGCUGAUGUAUUCAUUUGUAUGGCAUGUGGUGAAUCAACGCAAUGUGAUGCACUAUGGGAAGGUCGAGGAGUUUGUAACUGUGGUGACUGAAGCUGUUCCAAAGUUGAUGAGUUACAAACAGAGGGCUCAACUCAUCCUGGGCCUGAGAGCAAGGAUGAUCUUGGAGUUGUUCCGCAAGGACCCACCCAACCCUCAGGACAUCCAACGUCUCCUGGAAAAUAUGAACAUUUUGGGGCAGCAAGAUGCAGUUGUGGAGGAGUCGCAGGCUAACUUUGUGGCGCUGGUCCAAACCCUGCUGAAAAACCCUUAUGAGAGGAAGCACUUCUUCCAGGAGGAGUUCCAUGCACAGUAUGGUUCCAAGUAUGACACAGCACUGCAGGCCCUUGUAGGAGGCUUGGUCCUCAGACUGGAACGACUGCUAUCUGUGUCAGAUCUCUCCCAGAUAGCAUCCAUUAUCAGUGCUGCCCCCUCUGACCUGGAGGAGUGUGGACAGUCUGUGUCUGACCCUGAGCACCUGAAGAUCCUCCUCCAGCACCAGAACCUGCAAACUAAGAUUCAGUUUGUACCUGUCACGUCCUCUGUAGGGGACUGUGUGCUGUCCUCGCUGUCCUUCCGCUUAGCCUGUAGAAUGCAGUCCAUGCAGACAGAUUUUGUCCAGCCAGCAGAAUCAUUAGAAGCCGCUCUAAGCAUCAUGAGCCCUGCCUCCUUCAGUGACUUGGAGGAUCUGGGAAUGAUAUCAGAUGAGUCGGACAAUGCUGGAGCAGUAACUACUGUGGAGGGAGAAGAGCAGAAUGCCAGGGAUAACGGAGGUGGGGUGAAAAAUUCUGUGCUCGACAGUGAAGAACACAAUGCACUGCCAAAGAACGACGUAGUCUCACCUACUCCUCAAAGUGUUAGCAGGCCAGUGGGAGGGCCAACAACAGUAGAGAGCAUGCUUCCAACAGAGAGACACAAAGAGCUUGUAACACUGAUGAAUACUUUCAUCACCGAAGCCUCUCCUUCACAUAGUGUCAUCCCUGCCACGGUCACCGAUGGGAACCAACCGGGUAACCCACCGGUCGAAGUAGCGAGUGUCCACCAGUGGGUCUCCCACAUUGUAAGUAACUCUGUCUCACUCCCUUCCUUGCCACCCCUUCCACAAAACAAUGAUGUAGACAAGGAGAUCCGGUCAGGUGACACAUGUCUUGGAAGCAGUGUGGUAAUUGGGAUAAGGAAACAGAAGCCAAUCUUUUUGAGAAGGCUGUUAUCCGAAGGAGACUGGUGCCCAAACCACAAAGAAUAA